GGAAUUACGACCACGACUAGGCUCUAUAGUUAAAAUAUGUUUUUCGCUUUAUAGGUCGUGUAUUUUUACCGAUUACUUCUCUGCCGCUCUUCUUCAGCAUACAAAUGGCAACAAACGGUCAUUCAGGCUACCCACUGAAGUGGUUUAAAGAACAGAAUGCAGCGAGGAGUUCCUUCGAAUGUUCAAUAUGUCUGGAGGUUUUGAAAGAUGCCGUGCAAGUUGGGGAUUGUGGACACCAAUUUUGCGCACAAUGUAUUGAGGAUAUUUUAAAAAGUGAUCCUCGUUGUCCAUCAUGCAGAAUUAGAAUAUCGAAACAAAAUGUGUUUAAAGAUCAUGCAGCAAGAAGAUUGAUCAAAAAGUUGGAUGUAAAUUGCUGCAAUGAUGGGUGUAGUUGGAUUGGAAGUUUAGGGUCCCUUCUUGAGGCUCACAUGAAUAGCUGCAGGUUUCUAGUUGGCAACAAAAAUAAUGCUAAUCAAUCAGAUGCUAUAGCUGAGCUUCAAGCAAGAUUUGAAAGUCUUGUGUUGAAAGUUUCAUCAUUAGAAAAAGUGCACAAAAAUGAAAUGGAAGAAGUUAACUCAAAAGUUUUGCAGCGUGAAAAUGAACUCAAGCAACUUAAACUUAAGCACGAAACUGACUUGCACAACCUCAAGAGUGAACACGAUGAAGAAGUUAAGGAACUUAAGGAUCAAAUCUUGUUUUUCGGGAGAUACACUUCGCUACCAGCGACCUCAGGGCAGUCACUAGAACAGCUCAGGCAAAACCUAACGGUAUCGAUAGCUUUAACGAUACCGAAUUUUACACACAAGUUAAAUCAAGCUCGAUCGAGUAACCAGCUCGGUGAAAUUCAUGGUGAUCCAUUUAACAAUUAUCAUGGAUACAGAAUGAAGAUUGCAGUUCACGUCAAUGAAGCCCCCCGUGGCAGCACGGGAUAUAUGGGGGUAUACCUGUACUUAUUGCAAGGGGAUAAUGACGAUAAGUUAGAAUGGCCUUUUAACAAAAGAGUUACAUUUAUUGUUGUUGAUCAGCAAAAUAAUGAAGCUUUCGUUCACAAUCACGAGAAGGAUCUACAUCCAGGGGGAGAAGAACAAUUUGAAAAACCGAUGUUCGGAAGGAUUAAUCAGGGUCGUGGUUUUUCACAGUUCGUGUUACACUCCACUCUGCGCAAACGACAGUAUGUAAGGAACCAUACCCUAUACAUCGCAGUGUCAAUACGGCCUUGAUGCUUUCGAAGUGAAUGUGCCGUAUGUUUUGGAUAUAUUGAGACUUCAUAAACGUUCUGUCACAUAGACAUUUGAUGGCGGUAGAGACGUGCAUAGUUUAUAAAUAUUCGCGCUAAGGGCUUCGAUACACACACGGAAAUGUUGGAAAAAGGGAAACACUCGGUAUGUUUUAUGCCGAAUGUAGCAAUUUAUAUACAAACUCGUUGUUCACUUUCAGAUAGAUGAAAGCUCGUUGUUGUUAGACUUUCACAACAGACUUAGUUUACAUAUACUUAUGCAAUGAUUGCACUGUCCUGUAUGUUCUUCAUGGCAAAUAUAGUUAACUUUCAGUUGAGUUCAAAUGUCAAGUUGUAGUUUCAAAAGCAAGUUGAUCAAAGCCUUGUUAGAUUGCAAA